AUGGCUGUGCAAUAUCUCCGUACAAAUGAAGCUGAGAUGGCUGUAUGUGGUGGUGAUGAUGGUCUUGGUGUUUUAUUAUUAAAACAAUUAAGUGAUGCUGAACGUGAUGGCGAUCCAAUUGAAGCUAAUUGUUUAGAUCGAUUCUUUAAUCGAUCAAAUCUUGAUCCACCAUUAUUAUUAGGUUCAAUUAAAAGUAAUUUCGAACAUAUAGAAAAUGCAGCUGGUGUUGCAUCACUUAUUAAGGUUGCUAUGUGUAUAUAUUAUCGUGGUAUUACAGCAAAUAUGCAAUUUACUUCACUUAAUCCAACAAUAGAUGCACAAAAAUAUAAUCUAUAUAUUCUUCAAAAUUUUAUACCAUAUCCAACUCUUCCAAAUAAUGAAAAAAUAGCUAUUGGUAUUAAUUCAUUCGAAACGGCAAUCUUUAUUUUUCUUAAUCGCCAACAAUUACAAGAACAAAUCAAUGCUUUUCUUACUGAACAAGCAUCACCAGACCUUUCAAUCAUAUCACGUCCAACAAAACCAUUAGCACAAAAAAUAUGUUUUGUUUUUAGUGGACAAGGUCCACAAUGGUGGGCUAUGGGUAGACAAUUAUAUGAAAGUGAACCUUUAUUUAAUAAAUGGAUUAAUUUAAUUGAUGGAGAAAUGACAAAAAUUAAUAAUGGUGAAUGGAGAUUAUUAAAAGAAUUAAUUGAAAAGAAAAAUGAACAAGAAUCUCGUAUUAAUGAUACAAAUAUUGCUCAACCAACAUUAUUUGCUAUACAAGUUGCAUUAGCAGCAUUACUUGUUUCAUGGAAUAUAUAUCCCUCAUUUAUAAUAUCACAUAGUGCUGGUGAUCAAGCAGCUGCUUUUGUUGCUGAUCGAUUAACUUUAGAAGAAGCUGUUUCAAUGAGGGAAGAAGAGGUAGAAAAUAAACUCGUAAAAAAUAUUGAACAUUUGACUUGCAUUGCUGUUGUUAAUAGUCUUCGUUUAGUAACAAUAAGUCGUGCUAAAAUACAUCAGAUACUUUCAAUCUCUUAUCCAAAUGUAUUUAAAGCAUGUGUUCAUAUGUUAUUAUCAUUAAAAGAUAUUCGUGGAUAUUCAAUAAAAGAUCAAAAACAAAUAUUUAAUCCAAUAUGUGCACAAGCAAAACUUCAUUCAAGUGUUACUGAUGAUAAUAUGUCAGUUGAUAAUGAAGCAACAAAUGUUUUUAUUGAAAUUUUACUACAUCCAGUUUUAGCUACAUCUAUUCGUGAAUGUUAUGAAUUAACAAAUCAACAACAACAGUCACCACCAAUUAUUCUCCCAACAUUAAAACGAAAAGAAAAUGAACAAAUAACAUUACUUACUAGUUUAACACUACUUACAACAUCAUCUCAUGUAUGGCAACAAUAUUUUCAUACUCGUCAAAUUUUACCGUUGAAAAAUCAUGAGAAAUAUUUUGAUAAUUUUCCAUUAUAUAAAUUUCAUUUGAGUCCAUGUUGGUAUGAAUCAAAAGAUUCAUCUAUACAACGUUUAGCUAAUCGUAUAACUACUCAUCCAUUACUUGGUAUUCGUCAAUUAAAUGAUCAAACAAGUGCAACAUGGAAAAGUCUCAUUAAUAUCAAUCUACCACAACAUUCUUUUUUGAAAGAUCAUAAAAGUCAAGAUGCAAUUCUUUUCCCAGCUGUUGCUUAUCUUGAACUUGCAACAACUGCUUCUCAACAAUUACUUUCAUCAAAAGAAGAUGAUCAACAACAACAACCAACAAUUAUUUUUGAAGAUAUUAAUUUUACUAAAGCACUUAUUCUUAAUGAACAUGAAUUAGUUGAAGUAUUUACACAAAUAAUUAUGCCAAUGCGUAAAUGGUAUAUUAUAUUUUGUAAUCAAGAUAAUCUUAAUAAAUAUUUAUUAAAUCAAUUUACUUUACAUGCACAAGGUAAAAUUGAAAUAAAUUUUAAAGAACAAAAAUCAUUAACAAUACCUAAUACAUAG